AUGGCCGAGUUCGACGCGCAGUACGUGCACCUCGUGCGCGAGGGCUUGUCGCGCGUGGCCAUCGAGGCGCGGCUGGCGGCCGAUGGCAUCGAGGACGUCGGUGGUUUCUGGCAGGCGAUUGCGCAUCAAGCGCUCCUCGACGCCUGCGACCCGACGCAGCCGAUCGACCAAACGUGGCGCCGCCUGUACCCGUUCCAGUACUUUGAGCCCAACUACGCGCUGCCACCCGUGGCCUCGCCCAAGACGCCAGGGUAUCUCCGCGUCGUGGUCAUCUCGGACACGCAUGGCUUGCAUGGGAACAUGGACGCGAUUCCGGACGGCGACAUCUUGCUGCACGCUGGCGACUUUACUGACACGGGCGACCGCGACGAGGUGCUUGCGUUCAACGAGUUCUUAGCCGCCUUGCCGCAUCGCUACAAGGUCGUGAUUGGCGGCAACCACGAGAGCACGUUCGACAAGGCGUACUACCCGACGCAAUGGCAGCGCUAUGGCCACCCGAUGCAGUACGACCCGGACGACGUUCGCUCGCUGCUCACGAGCGCCUUGUACCUCGAAGACGAGCUCGUCGUCAUCGAAGGCUACAGCAUCUACGGGACGCCGUGGCAGCCCGAGUUUUGCAACUGGGCGUUCAACUUGCCGCGGGGCAGCGACGAACUGCGAUCGAAAUGGACUGCGAUUCCGGACGACGUUGACAUUCUGUUGACGCACACACCGCCGCUCGGGCGCGGCGACCACGUGGGCAUCAGCCACGUCGGCGACAUCGACCUGCUCCAGCAAGUGCAGCAGCGCAUCAAGCCCCUGUACCAUGUCUUUGGCCACGUGCAUGAAGGCUACGGCGCCAGCUGCGACGGCACGACCGUCUUUAUCAACGCGAGCAACUGCGACGAAGACUACAAGGCCAUCAACCCGAUCGUGGUGUUCGAUCUGCCGCCACGCCUGGCCGCGACCGCCGACACGGCCCAUGCCUACCAUACAAAAUUCGCAGCUCAAACGCAGCAGAGUGCUACCUUUGCCUUGCGCCGGUUCCGUAUCCAAGGCACGAGCGGCGACCAAGUCUUUCAAGAGGCGCUGCGGAAGCGUCCGAUCGACCGUCGCAAUGCACGCGCGAUGAAGUACUGCUUCCUCGAGAAGGCCCACGAGCCUGCUGUGCCGGCGCCGCCGUCGCCCAUCGCGCCCAACUACAGCGUCGCGACGACCCGCGUGCGCAAGCUGGGCAAGAGCGUGUCGGUCUCGGUGCUGCAGCCCGACAGCUUUGACCCGCUGCCGAUCACACGCGCUACAACCGACGCGCCACCGCGCCGAGGGUUAGGGGGCCGCCGCUUGAUUAGCAAGAACGCGGGUCUUGCCGUGCUGCCGGAAGAAGACGAGCUGAAGCAAGACGCGCCGGCGCCAACGGUCGUCGAGCCGCCGUGCGUCAUGUGCCAGUACAACGUCCCCGGGCACGUCCACAAACCGUCGGCGCCAGUCGCCGCGCCCGUCGCUCCAACGCCUGUCGUUGUUGCCGACGCGCCGCCUGCCGACGACUGCGUGCUUUGCAAAUACAAGGUGGCGGGCCACGUGCACCCGCGGUCGGAUCCGCCACCCACACCCGCACCGACGGUCGCUGCUGCUGCGGCAAGUACGACCGAGACGCCACCGGAAGGCGAGCGCGGCGCACGCGGCAUGAACCGUGUCUCUUCGUGGUUUUAG